AUGCGUUCGUCGAUCUUCUACUUGACCCUCAGUGCCAUUGCGACCCUUGCGGCCGCCGCUGCCGACAAGGCCAACCCUUUCAAUAUCCCCGCCGAUGGAUAUUCCUUCAAGGCCGGCGAGCCCACCACUCUGAAGUGGAACCCGACCACCAGCGGAACCGUGACCUUGCGUCUGCAAUGGGGUGGCGUCCUGACCCCGAACUCGGGCACCGCGAUUGCUAAGAGCAUCGACAACUCGGGCAGCUUCACCUGGACUCCUUCGUCCGAUCUUGCCGCCCAGCCCGAUUACACCGUUGAGAUUAUCUCGGACGACGACACCAGCGAGGUCAACUAUCUUCCUCGUUUCGUUGUCGCCGGUGCCACCGGCUCGGCGACCAAGACCACCGCGGCGUCGACUACCUCUGCCACCACGACCGAGGCUUCCACCACUACCUCGUCGAGCGAGAAGACUACCAGCACCUCCGGCACCUCCAGCACCUCCAGCGCCUCCAAGACCGAGACCCCGACCACCUUGUCGACGGCGACUAGCACCGGCUCCAGCACUUCCACCAAGACCGGUUCUGGCGGCGAGGGAUCGGCUAGUUCGACCGGUUCUGCGACUGGCUCCUCGAGCGCCGCCGCCUCCAGCACCAGCGCACAGGCUUCGAGCACCAACAGCGCUACUGCCAGCGCCUCCGAAACCGUGGUGCCUAACACGAAUGCCGGCACGACCACCCGGGUUUCUGGUGCCAUGAUGGCCCUUGUUCUGGCCGGUGUUGCCGUCUUCUAA